UAUCUACCCAUUUCGAAUCAAUUCCUUGUCUUCACUUACAGUUAUUUAUAACUCGCAGUAUGGAAACGAGCCUUACAGCAUGGAAUUCACGGAAUUGUGCUUUGUUUAUCGUGUUGGCGUGCGGCAGGAAUGAUUCCUCACGUUUGUUGCUCACAGUUCCUAACAGAAUCCAUCCGGUUCAAAUCUAUUAGUCUAAUAAUAAAAACCGCGACGAUUUUUACUGCGCGCCCCCGUUUAACUGAAAAUGAUGUUUCGGAACAGCCCUUUUGAGAACAAUUUUCGUAGCUUGGAUCAAGAGAGGAUCAGCAAAAUGUUCGGGAUGUUCAACGGGGCCUUCUCGCCGUCGCCGGGCUCAGGAUACAUCCCGGAGAUGGAGCAGAUCAUCAGUCAACUGGAAAGGGGCACUUUGGUGAUGAAGUACUCUCUGAGAAAAAAAGCGGAGCAUAAGACUUUGGCUAUACGGAGAGAGACUCGGCAGAUUGUCUGGACACGGGCCACUACUACCAACGCCAGGCCAGUCCAUGAUGGUGCUGUUGACUUGAGGAAGAUCAAAGAAAUUCGUUUAGGGAAGAAUUCCAAAGACUUUGAUAAAUGGGCGGACGAUUCAAAGAAGAUUGAGAAUCUCAAGUGUUUUGUGGUGUAUUAUGGAUCUGAAUUUAAGUUGAGGGUCCUCAGUAUUGCUGCACUAUCCGAAAAAGAAUGUGAAUUGUGGGUGAAGGGUUUGCGUUACUUAGUCAAAGAUACCAUUAACGCCCCCUACCCUCUCCAAGUACAAGUAUGGCUCAGGCGGGAGUUCUACGCCAUGGAGAAUUCCUCAGAAACCAUAAACAUUAAAGACUUAAAAGCGUUCCUACCUCGAAUAAAUUACAAAAUUCCGACGAACAAACUUAGAGAAUUAUUUAACGAAGUCGAUACGCGGAAACGAGCAGAGAUUGGAUUCGACGACUUUGCCGUUCUGUACCAGAAGAUCAUCUUCGACGAAAGUAACUGCGCCGAGAUUUUUGAUAAAGUCAACCUGUAUUCAUCGAAUAUGAAAACCGUCAGUCUACAAGAAUUCCAAAGUUUUUUGUUAAAGGAGCAAAACGACGAGUUGAGUAUCGACGACCGGGCCGUCUCCCGAUUUAUCUGUGAUUUUUUGAAGGACCCUCAAAGGGAGGUGCAGGAGCCCCAUUUCACGAUUGGUGAAUUUUUGGAUUUUCUUUUUUCGAAAGAGAACGACUUAUGGGAUCCGUCGAAAGAUACGGUGUACCAUGACAUGUCCAGACCGCUUUCUCACUAUUGGAUAGCGUCUUCUCACAACACAUAUCUCACCGGUGAUCAAUUAUCAAGCGAAUCUUCAGUAGAAGCGUAUGCCAGAUGCUUGCGAAUGGGCUGUAGAUGUAUAGAGUUGGACUGCUGGGAUGGUCCAGAUGGUAUGCCGUUCAUCUACCAUGGUCAUACUUUUACGACCAAAAUCAAAUUCAUGGAUGUGAUCCGGACCAUAAAAGAACACGCUUUUGCCACUUCGGAAUAUCCGGUGAUUUUAUCGAUUGAAGAUAAUUGUUCGUUGCCCCAGCAGAGGAAAAUGGCGACUGCUAUGCAGGAAGUCUUUGGCGAAUCUCUCGUCAUCCACCCCGUCGAAAAAAAUGAAAAACAACUCCCCUCCCCGUACCAGCUGCGUCGCCGCAUCAUCCUCAAACACAAGAAACUUCCAGAAGGCCAGGACGAAUCCUCCUUCCUCAUCCGCAACGAGGGUAGCGAGAUGGACCUGCGCAAUUCUGUCCACAACGGCAUCAUGUACCUGGAAGACCCCGUCGACAAAGAGUGGAACCCGCACUUCUUCAUCCUCACCCAGAACAAACUCUUCUACACCGACAGCUACAAGCCGGACCAGGAGUCCGAGCGCUCCGAGGACGAGGACGACAGCGCCGCCUUCCAGCGCUCCAAGUCGGACGUGCCGAACGAGGAGCUCCACUUCAGCGAGAAGUGGUUCCACGGCAAGCUGGCCAAGGGGCGCGAGGAGGCCGAGCAACUGCUGAAGACGUACUCGCACCUGGGGGACGGGACGUUCCUGGUGAGGGCGAGCGUGACGUUCGUGGGGGAGUAUUGUCUGUCGUUCUGGAGGAACGGGCAGGUGAAUCAUUGCCGGAUCAGGUCGAAGCCGGAUAAGCAACACACGAAAUACUAUCUGACGGAUGCGAAGUACUUCGACAGUUUGUACAGUCUGAUAACGCACUAUCGGAACUGUCCUCUAGUCACUGCGGAGUUUUCGAUUACGCUGCAGGAGCCGGUGCCGCAGCCGAAGAAGCACGAGACGGAGGAGUGGUACCAUCAGCAUACGGGGAAGAUACAGGCGGAUGAGAUUUUGAAGAGGGUGAAGACUGAAGGGGCUUUCUUGGUUAGGCCCAGUGAGAAUGAUGCAAAUUGUUAUACUAUUAGUUUUAGGGCAGACAGAAAAAUCAAACAUUGUCGAAUUAAAUUGGAAGGACGAUUAUACACAAUCGGUAACGUUGAAUUUGAAAGUCUGGUAGAAUUAAUUAAUUAUUAUGAAAAUCACCCUUUGUACAAACGAGUCAAGCUUAGUUAUCCGAUUAGUGAAGAUGCCGUGAAGAGAAUGACAAUGGAACAAGACGACGCUGUCGGUUACAACAGUACGCCCUCAUACAUGGACCCCAGUGCUUUCACCCCUCCAAAAAUCACCGUCAAAGCUCUCUACGACUACCGAGCCCAACAACCCGACGAACUCUCUUUUUGCAAACAUGCGAUUAUUACCAACGUUACCAAACCAGAAAACAGUGCGGGUUGGUGGCGAGGCGACUACGGAGGGAUGAAACAACAUUUCUUCCCUGCCAACUACGUCAUGGAAUUGGACCGAAUGGAUUCUCAAGACGGCAGCGACGAUGGGUCGGGAGAAUCAAUGCUGCAAGGACAACUCGACAUGAAUGGUGCUGUUGUAGACUUGUUCCAUAAUCCAGAACGUCCAGGCCUUGAAUGGGUGUUGAAGAUAGUGACUUCGACGGCUUGUACACCGUUGGAGGUCGCAGUCCAAACGCGCGAUUUGGCUCUAGAAUGGUUAAUGUACAUUAAAGAAGUAGCCCAACGCGCAUGCGCCCUCGAAAACCAACACCGCGAAAUGGAGCGCACCUUCCGCAUCGCCAAGGAAAUGUCCAAUUUGAUUAUCUACUGCCGUUCCAUAACGUUCAACAUGGACAGAGCCCGCCAGCAGAACUUCAUAUUCUACGAAAUGUCAUCCUUCCCCGAAACCAAAGCCGAAAAGUUGAUCUGUCACCAAGAGAAGAAGUUUUUCGUCAAGUACCAUCAACUUCAAUUCUCACGGGUGUACCCUAAGGGCCAGCGCGUGGACUCGUCGAACUAUAACCCCAUUAACAUAUGGAACAUGGGCUCGCAAAUGGUGGCCCUUAAUUAUCAGACCGGCGACAAACCCAUGCAGUUGAAUCAAGCGAAGUUUAGGGACAACGGAAAUUGUGGGUAUUUGUUGAGGCCCGAUUUUAUGUUCAGGGAUGAGUUUGAUCCGGCUGAUAAGAAUACGUUGGUGGGAGUGGAACCCUGGACUGUUACUUUGAGGAUUAUAGCGGCGAGGCACUUGUGCAGGCCGAGGAGGGGAACUGCGAGUCCGUUUGUGGAGGUCGAAGUUAUUGGGGCACCGUUUGAUUCGGGGGUUAAGUUGACCACAAAACCGAUUGGCGAUAACGGAUUCAAUCCUAGGUGGAUGGACGAAGUAAUCGAGUUUCCAGUGUAUAAUCCGUAUUUUGCGCUAUUAAGGUUUUUGGUUCAAGAUGAAGAUGUUUUCGGUGAUCCAAAUUUCAUAGGCCAAGCUACUUAUCCCGUGACGUGUUUGAGGACGGGUUAUAGGAGCAUCUGGCUGAGAAACGUCUUCAGUGAGGAUUUAGAAUUAGCCUCACUGCUUAUUCACAUUAACAUAAAACAAACUUCCGUAAGUCCUCCAUAAUUUAAGGUUCAAGAAAACGUGUGGUGAUAGAACUUCAAAGCGACUUUCUUGUAGCGCGUAGAAAUUAGAACAUGACAAUAUCAAGUAAACAUUUGUUAAAAGACUUUACAAUAUUUUAAUUGACUUUUGCAGGCAUUUAUAUUUAUACAUAUCAUCAACAAAACAGAUUUAUACACCUUCUGAAUCAUAUCAUUUUAGAAAAAAAAGAGAUAUCUAUUUUGUAUGAGAUAAAUUAUAUUUUCGGAACGUCCUUCUGUUGUAUCAACAGUUUUGGCUUCACUUUUUGUAUCAGUAUGCAAAUAGGUGUGGAUGCAUUUUUUUAUAUUAUCGUGUAUUGAGCCAAAUAAUUUUAUUAAAGUGUUAUUUUUAGAGUUUAUUGCCGCAAGAGGCGCCAUGUAAACUUAGGUCAUCCAUUUCUCGUUAAUAGUAUAGCAAUGUUAAAGACUAAACCGGUCUAGACUUAAGACUGUUGCGAUCAUUUUUACAUUUAUUGCAAUAAAUUAUAUACAGAAAUUAUAUUAACAACUUGUCUUCUUGUUAAUUAUUGAGAAUAAAAUGCUUUAAGUGUU